CCCAGCUGACAUGGGGACCACCAGAGCCAUGCAGGUGUGCUGGGUGAUCCUGGGCUUGCUCCUGCUCCGAGGCCACAACUCCCAACCCAUAGCAUCUCAGACCACUCAAGGACUCUUCAGCAGUCUAAGUCUGACCACAGUGCCAAUUUCUCCCAUCACAGGAAACGAAUCUUCCUCAGAAUCUGGCAGCCCAAGGCUUCUGCCCAGCACCAGUGCCCCAGAAGUUCCAUAUAAGGCCUCACAGGGCCCCCUGGUAUCAAGUAAGCAUGUAACGCUGAGGUCAAGCACCUUGGAUGGUCACUUCCCAUCUUGCUGGGUUCUGGUACCAGUCCCCAGCCACAGAAGGCAGACAUCAGAACUUGGAGGCCUGGUUCUGGGAUCUUGA